AUGAUCUCUCGCGCCUGGCGAGUCGGUCUUCUUGCGUUAUGGUCGGCUGCAGCUGCGGCAUCUCCCUUGCCCUCCCCCAACAAGGACAGCAGCGAUAGUACCCCGGAAUUCGUCAACCAUGGCAAGAUCCUCACGCGACCCAUCGAGGAACCCGUAUACGACGUCCUCUGGGAGAAGUACGGGCUCAACAAGUCGCAAGAGUACAAGUAUUUCCACGAACCGGGGCAGGACGAUACCUUGGGCCACUACGAUACCCGAUUCUUUACGGAGCCCGUGCCGGACGAGGAGCGCUCCGAGACCCUGACGCAUAUGAUUCGCGCUUACCUGAAUUUUUUCAACGAGAAGAAACUCGAGACGUGGAUUGCGCAUGGGACGCUUCUAGGGUGGUGGUGGAAUGGAAAGAAUCUACCAUGGGAUUGGGAUAUCGAUACACAAGUGCCGGACACCACUUUGCUGCAACUCGCCGACGACUUCAAUCAGACUAUCUUCCACUAUACGGCUGCCGACUCGAACGCCGAGCGUAAAUAUCUCCUCGACAUCAACCCUUGGGCUCGACAGCGCGAACGCGGCCAGGGCCUCAACAUCAUUGAUGCGCGGUGGAUCGACAUGCGCACAGGGCUGUACAUCGACAUCACGGGGUUGAGUAGGCUGGAGAAGGACAAGCCCCAUCAAUGGCAGGAUAAGAACAACCACAAGUACCAGACGGGGGAUAUCUACCCGCUGCGCAAGACGGUGUUUGAAGGCAUGCCGGCCAAGAUUCCGUUUCAAUACGAUGCUAUCUUAAUCGAGGAGUAUUCCCAGAAAGCUUUGACGACGUCGAAUUUCCACAAUCACACAUGGUACCCUGACUUGCAGGAGUGGGUGUCUGACGACGACGACGAAUUCACAACGAAAAAGGACCUCGAGGAUGACCGCCAAUAUGAGAGGCGAUGA